GACGGGAUUUCCAAUGCAUGCUGUGGGUGGAUGGCGAGUCGGAGCUCGAGAAUCCAACUAGACUACGGCAAGUCUCCGAGCCCAACGGAUGGGUGCGAGAAUCUAGAAUUCUAGAUACUACUAAAGUCUCUAGGCACAACGGGUACCUGCCGAGCCUGCGGUCACUCGAACUUAGACGAUAGAGACCCCAUCAUUAUUGGUCGCAUUCUUGCUGUUCUCGUCAUGAGUCUCUGCGAGGUGGUCUGAUAUCAUAGCUAGAACAGGUGUUGUUGGAAGUACAUAGCCAAUAAUUUGGCUUUUAUGAUGGUGCUCCAGUCCAACCAGCUACUUACGAGUUCUUUUCUAAUUGAGUCCAGAGCUUUAUGCUGGGUAGCAGUGUACAUCGGAGUAUUCGCACUGGUAGGGGUCCAACGGCUUGCAGUUUCAAUCCAAGCUUACGCUACAUUCGCAGUGUCGUGCAAGACCAGUAUAUGAAUAGUAUGGGACACUUAUAGUAUUUAUAUUCAAU